AUGAAGGUACGUACUCAACCCUCAACGUUAGGCACUGCUAAUCAAGUUGUGGUUGGUGCUACGCCUUUGGCCAGUCAAUGUUCACGCUGCGAUAACGACGGGGACGACAUUCACCAUUUGUGUAAUAUCUCAAAUGCCCACCACAAAUAUGACGAAGAUGUGGAUAUGGAGUUUAACAAACUUAUAGAAUGUAUUGAAGCGAAAAUAAGCGACGAUGACGACGACGAUAACAAUGAUGAAGAUAGGGAUGAUGAUGAUGAUGAUGAUGAUGAUGAUAUUUUUGACGGGCAAAGUGAUUGCCUCGUGUAUCCGAAAAUGGAGAGGGAAGAAAAAGACGUGUUUGCAGGGGUUACCCUUGAACCCGCUAUGGACUGUAAAGUAGGAAAUCGUUUCUCACCAAGCAAAGAGCAAAGUGUCAAAACAAUAGAAGAAAACACGUGGAAGGAUAACGACUGUAAAAGAAAUAUAACCUACAUCACAGAGCCGAUGCACUAUCAUCAGGAAAAAACACAAUGGAAAAAGAAAUCUUUUCAUGAUAGAAAAGCUGACAGCAAUCAUGAGGCAGAUUUGAUCCAAAACGAAACACCGGGAAUGUCACAGGGUCAGGUCUUUUGUUUGUCCAGUACAGAUAAUCAAAUUAAGUGUCCAGUAUUGAAGUCUUCUAUAGUUAUAAACAAUGGUCUUUAUAAAGACGACAUUAAAAUGGCUAAUCCCGAGAGUAAAUGUGAUUUUAAUAUCUGUGGAAAUUUAGCAGCCACUACACUUUCCUCCGUCACCGUCAAUUCGAUCAGUACGUGUUCUUUCUCAAUAAAAGCAAUAACAACACACGAGACAUCAGCAGCAGCUUCAUCGACGGCAAUCACUAAGGCAACGAGUCAAUACAAAAAUCCUGCUGAUGAAAAAUCACCCCUUGCGUCUGAUAAAACUUCGAUCUAUCUACCGCCAUUACAUUCAUCCAGCCGUGAAUGUCGCCAUCAUUUAGCACCUGCCUGCUCAUGGACAUCUUUAUCUUCUAUCGAUAUCACCAAAGAGACCAAAACGACAGGUAAUACUCACAACGCAUCCAUUUCGGAUAAUCGAAUUAACGAUAUAAUUACGAUUCAGCCCGACACACUUAAUCCGAAAAAUCAGUUUAGAAAACCAGUUCAGCAGCACGAAUUACAGAUAAUUGUCCCAACUGCGACAAAUUGUAAUAUUAACAACAAAGUGGAUAAUAAUUACCACGACUUCAGCGGCAUUGAAGACAUAGGAUCACCUUUACACUGUCCGGAAAAGCCCGUAUCAUAUUCGUCAAGUAUAUCUCUGUUUAUGUCAGCCAGUUCUCCUCGUGUAGCAGAUAAAGGAACAAGUGGUCUCGCAUUUACACCUUUCUAUUGCACACUGUCCCCUGUCUUGGACACAGUUCCACCUACGAAUCAGCCCUCAACAAAAUCUCUUUCUUUAUUUCUGUCUUUAUUUCUGUCUUUCAUUCGCUCUUUUCUUCUUUCUUUCUUUCCUUCUUUCUUUCUUUCUUUCUUUCUUUCUUUCUUUCUUACGGUCAUUUGCUUUUUCUUUCUUUCUUUUCCUAUUUCAUUGUUUGUUUGUUUCUUUCUUUCUUUCUUAAGGACUUUUCUAUUUCUUUCUUUCUUUGAUAUGGUCUUUUCUUUCUUUUUUCUUUCUUUCUUUCUUUCUUUCUUUCUUUCUUUCUUACGGUCAUUUGCUUUUUUUUCUUUCUUUGAUAUGGUAUUUUCUUUCUUUCUUUUCCUAUUUCAUUGUUUGUUUGUUUCUUUCUUUCUUUCUUUCUUCAGGACUUUUCUAUUUCUUUCUUUCUUUGAUAUGGUCUUUUCUUUCUUUUUUCUUUCUUUCUUUCUUUCUUUUCUUGUUUCUUUUUUUGUCAGGUGUUUUCUUUCUUUCUUUCUUUUUUUCUUUCUUUCUUUCCAAAAGCAUUUUUUUUAUUUAUGA